AUGAACAAACUUUCCUUUCUGAACCUUUUUUUCUUUUCCCUUUGCUUCAUUGCUUCUUUUUCUCAUGCGCUAAACAAUGGUUUUAGCGUUGAACUUAUCCACCGCGACUCUUCAAAAUCACCAUUCUACCAACCUACACAAAACAAGUACCAAAAAGUUGUGAAUGCCGCACGUCGUUCUAUCAACCGUGCUAAUCAUUUCUACAAAAAUUCACUUACAAGUUCACCUGAAUCAAAUGUAAUCCCUGAUAAUGGUGAGUAUCUGAUGACCUAUUCAAUUGGUAGCCCACCAUUUAAGUUAUAUGGCAUUGUUGACACAGGUAGUGACAUUGUUUGGCUUCAAUGCGAGCCUUGUGAACAAUGUUACAACCAAACCACUCCUAAGUUUAAACCAUCAAAAUCAUCAACUUACAAAAAUAUCCCAUGUUCAUCUAACCUAUGUCAAUCUGUGAGAGAUAUCUCUUGUAAUGCCCACAAUUUUUGUGAAUAUACUAUUUCUUAUGGAGAUCAUUCACAUUCACAAGGAGAUCUUAGUGUUGAUACUCUUACAUUAGAGUCCUCUACUGGUGGUCAUAUUUCAUUUCCUAAAACUGUGAUAGGAUGUGGAACCAACAAUACAGUGUCGUUUAAAGGUGCAAGCUCUGGUAUAGUUGGCCUUGGAGGUGGUCCCGUGUCUCUUAUAACACAACUUGGAUCGUCAAUUGGUUCAAAAUUCUCUUAUUGUUUGCUUCCAUUGUCUCUUGAGUCAAACAGGACAAGCAAACUCAGUUUUGGAGAUGCCGCUGUGGUUUCUGGUGAGGAUGUUUUGUCAACUCCUAUAGUGAAAAAAGACCCCACAGUUUUCUACUAUUUGACAUUGGAAGCAUUUAGUGUUGGAAACAAAAGAAUAGAAUUUGGCAGAUCUUCAAAUGGUAGUGAUGAGGGUAACAUCAUAAUUGAUUCAGGUACAACGUUGACGAUUUUGCCAUCUAAUAUUUAUAAUAAUUUGGAAUCAGCCGUGGCAGAAUCUGUGAAACUAGAGCGUGUUGAUGAUCCAACUCAACAAUUAAACCUUUGCUAUAGUACCACAUCAGACAUAUAUAACUUUCCUCUAAUAACAGCGCAUUUUAAAGGUGCGGAUAUUAAGUUGCAUCCCAUUAGUACCUUUGUUUCCGUUGCCGAUGACAUUGUUUGCUUUGCUUUUACCACUUCUCCGGGUGUUGCCAUCUUCGGAAACUUAGCUCAACAGAAUUUGUUGGUUGGUUAUGACCUUAAACAAAAAACUGUGUCAUUUAAGCCUACUGAUUGUAGCAAAGUGUAA